GGACGUCGGUGCGACAUAGAGAGCGGCGCGGAGGAGUCCCACAGGACUAAUCUGCCCGUUUGUCCUCCCCACUGGGGUCGUGCUCAGACCUCCUCUUCUUCCCUCCAUCCUCCCGCCCUCCUCAUUCGCUCCGGGUCUCCCCCUUGUGCGCAGUGGUUUGGCCCAUCCUUCUGCGUCCCUUCCGCCGGCGCCUGGAGGCCAGUGCGCGUGCACAGCCAGAUGUGGGCGGGUGCCCCACGCGCCUGAGGUACGAGCGCGGGGAUAGCUGGCUGCGGGGUGAGGGGCGGCUCCCGGUUGUCUGUGCUUAGCAGCCUCGGCUGGGACCGCGAGGUUCUUGCCCCGCGGCGUGCAGCUCGGUCCUGCCUCUUAGCCCGUGAGGUGGGUGUCGGGCCCAGGACCCGACUAGGACUCAGGCCCGUGGACGUGCACGCAGGCCCUAGCGAUCCGUGACACCGCGGGGCAGGGACCCGGUGCAGCUGCCAACUAGGGGCUGACCGGCACCGGUGGAAGUCCGCUCCAUAAGGCCCGCUGAUCCUGGCAGGGGCCGAUCCCGCGCCAUCGCCAUAAAAAAGUCCUAAGAAGACAAGAGGUCUUUUGCUGCCACGGGCCAACGGUGUCUUUAAAAGACUUGUUUGGCAGUAUCAACUGCUAACACACUCUCCUGUGGCCUUAUCAGCGACACACCCAGUGUCUCUCAUAAGGACUGCCAAGGACAAUGAAGGUUCUCUUAUUGAAAGAUGCCAAGGAUGAUGAGAGUGGCCAGGAUCCGUAUAUCCAGGAACUGGGAUUGUAUGGACUGGAAGCUACGCUAAUUCCCGUUCUGUCAUUUGAGUUUUUAUCUCUUCCCAGUUUGUCAGAAAAGCUGUCUCAUCCUGAAGGCUUUGGAGGACUCAUUUUCACCAGUCCCAGGGCAGUGGAAGCAGUGAAGCUGUGUCUGGAGAAGGACAAUAAAACUGAAGACUGGGAAAAGUCUCUGAAAAGCAGAUGGAAUGCCAAGUCUGUGUAUGUGGUUGGAAGUGCCACUGCUUCUCUAGUGAACAAAAUCGGCCUGGAUGCGGAAGGAGCACACAGUGGCAAUGCAGAGAAGCUUGCUGAAUAUAUUUGCUCCAGACCAUCUUCAGCACUGCCUCUUCUCUUUCCCUGUGGAACUAUCAAAGGAGAUACUCUUCCGAAAAUGCUCAAGGACAAAGGGAUCCCCAUGGAAAGCAUGCAUGUCUAUCAGACAAUUCCACACCCUGGGAUCCAGGGGAACCUGGAGAGCUACUAUGAAAAUCAGGGUGUCCCAGCCAGCAUCACAUUUUUCAGCCCCUCCGGCCUUAAGUACAGCCUGGAGUAUAUUCAGGCGUUAUCUGGUGGCAGAUUUGAUCAGAUUAAGUUUGUAGCCAUUGGCCCCAGUACAACUCGUGCUAUGGCUGCCCAGGGCCUGCCUGUGAGCUGCACAGCGGAGAGUCCCACCCCACAAGCCCUGGCUGCAGGCAUCAGGAAAGUGCUGCGGCCGGACAGUUGCUGCUGAGGCCAUGCGGGGCCAGCUCCUUCCUCGUGCACAGUACAGCUUGUGCUGCCUCUAGGAUAGAGCCCCGAAUCAGGGCUCUGGAGAAGCUGCUGGCAGCAUAUCACUGUCUUCGUGAGUCCAGCUUGGAACCCAGGCCAGGUGUAACUGGCCAUUGGACCCUGGGGGAACUUCCUGAACCUAGAAAAAAGGAAAUGAAAUCAUCCACGUGGUUACUUGUGCGUGCAGCCCACUUUCCUUUUAAUUCUCUUUUUUAUGUAUAUGGGAGGGUCUUGUCUGUAUGUUUCUGUGCCAUGUGCAUGCCUGGUGCCUGCAGAAGCAAGGAGAGGGUGUCAGAUCCCCGAGAACUGGAGUUAGAGACAGCUGUGCAUCCCCAUGGGGGUACUGGGAAUUGAACCCAGAUCCUCUAGAGAACAAGUGCUUUCAAUCACUGAUCCAUCACUCCAGCCCAAUAUUAUCAUGUGUGGUUCUUGGUGCAAAGUUGUGUUCGGGGGCAACAUACAUGGUCUUUCUCUGAUGCUGACCUGGUUAAGAAUGAUAAAUUGCUAUUUGUGAAAUGUUUAUUUAUUAUACAAAACCAAAACAAACCACUGAGCCAAGCAUGGUAGCACAUUCAUCAUCCCAGCAUUCAAGGGAAUGGAGAUGGAGACAACACAGCCAUGCACUUAAGGCCAGCCAGGCCUAUAUAGUGAGAUGCCAUCUCAAAAAUCCAAAUAAAAAUAAACAAGACCUAGAGUUCUGACUUUCGCUGUGGAUAAUUAUGCUUCAAAUAUGAAGAUUUUAUCUCCUGAAAUAUAAGAGAUGUCAUCUCAAAAAUCCAAAUAAAAAUAAACAA